GCUUAUAAUGUGUCUCAGUCUUAUCCGUCAUCUCUUAUUAAGGAGUUCUAACCCUAAUCAAUUUGGUAUCUUGAAAACCCAUUGGUCGAAAUCCUCUUUUUAUUCUUGAAGAAGAAGUGCCCUCUUUCCCAAACCCAACACUUUUGUUUAUGGCGGCGACUCCACCGGAACCCCAGGAGGACCUCUCUCUUUCAACAAGGUUAAACUCAUACGUGGCCAACACACGAGUUGGGAAGCGAUUCAAACUCGCUGAGAGGAACACCACUUUCACUACCGAGUUACGAGCUGGAACGGCCACGUUUCUCACCAUGGCGUACAUCCUAGCCGUUAACGCUAGCAUCCUCACCGAUUCUGGUGGUACAUGUAGCGUUUCUGAUUGUGUCCCCCUUUGUUCAGACGCUAAUAUCCCUCUCUCUAGUUGCACUGGACCAACUCACCGGAUCAUCCAACCUGAUAACUCGUGUAAGUUCCCUCCAAUUAACAAAGGCUACUACGACUGCCUUGAAAAAACCCGCAAAGACCUCAUUGUAGCCACUGUAGUUUCUUCACUUAUCGGUUGUUUCAUUAUGGGAAUAUUCGCUAAUUUGCCUUUAGCUUUAGCUCCUGGAAUGGGCACAAACGCUUAUUUCACUUACACGGUCGUAGGGUUUCAUGGCUCCGGUAACGUUCCAUACAGAAGUGCCUUGACAGCCAUUUUCAUUGAAGGUUUAAUCUUUCUCUUCAUAUCAGCAGUUGGGUUCCGAGCCAAACUCGCUAAACUCGUUCCCAAACCCGUCCGAAUCUCCUCCGCCGCCGGAAUCGGCUUGUUCCUCGCUUUCAUCGGGUUACAAAACAAUCAAGGCAUCGGCCUCAUUGGGUACAAUGCUUCAACUCUAGUCAGUCUGGCUGCUUGUCCAAGAUCUUCCAGGAAGGCCUUAGCUCCCGUUGUAACAGCUGCAAAUGGAACCAUCAGUUUGUUACCCGGAGGUUCAGUUUCUGAGGGUAUCAUGUGCACAAAUCAUCGAAUGGAAAGUCCUACAUUCUGGCUUGCCAUUGUUGGCUUCGUUAUAAUUGCGUAUUGCUUGGUGAAAAAUAUAAAAGGCGCCAUGAUUUAUGGUACAGUAUUUGUGACAAUGAUCUCCUGGUUCCGCAACACAGCAGUGACGGCCUUUCCUGAUACCCCAACUGGAAAUUCUGCGUUUCAAUAUUUCAAAAAAGUUGUCGAUGUUCAUGUGAUCAAGAGCACCGCCGGAGCUCUCAGUUUCAAAGGUCUGGGCAAAUCCAGUUUCUGGGAAGCUCUGGUGACAUUUUUAUACGUUGACAUCCUCGAUACAACUGGAACCUUAUAUUCAAUGGCCAGAUUUGCCGGUUUCACAGACGUUAAUGGUGAUUUCGAGGGUCAAUAUUUUGCUUUUAUGUCAGACGCCGCAUCGAUCGUGGUAGGUUCGCUUCUCGGCACAUCUCCGGUGACGACUUUCCUGGAAUCAUCAACAGGGAUAAGAGAAGGAGGAAGGACGGGUCUGACGGCCUUAACAGUAGCAGGGUAUUUUUUUCUGGCGUUUUUCUUUACGCCGUUAUUAGCAUCAAUUCCUCCGUGGGCAGUGGGGCCACCGUUGAUCCUUGUUGGUGUUAUGAUGAUGAGAUCUGUGGUGGAGAUCGAGUGGGACGAUAUGAGGCAAGCCAUUCCGGCAUUUGUGACAUUGAUUUUAAUGCCGAUGACAUAUUCAAUAGCUUAUGGGUUGAUAGGAGGAAUUGGAACGUACAUAGUUCUGCAUAUUUGGGAUUGGGGAGAAAGCCUCUUGAGGUCUAAAAAAAAUGCAAAGGAUAAUGGCUUAUUGGACCAGCCAAGCAAUGAAAAUGGAAGCCCUGAUAAAGCAUCGGAAGUCUAGGAAAAAUAUAAAAAAAAUUGUAUAGUUUUCGAGUACAAAUGUGUAAAUCCAUAAAAAAUUAUGUUUUCUUGAAUUUAUUUGAGUGUUGAUUUGAUGAGGUUGAAUUGCA